GCACAACAUCCCCACCUGCCACACUCGUUACUACGGCACUCCACACUCAUUUCCUCCGACCAACUAUGGGACCAAAGCAGCCUGCUGCUCUGGACCCAGAACUUGCGCCAGUUUCGAAGCGUUCCAGCCGUUUAUCAAAGCUGAACACUGGCAACCAGGCUGAACCCCCCACUAAGCCUCCUGCAACCCAUCGCGUUCAGUGGCUUGAGAACCCCCACUGGACUGACUGUCUCGUAUCAUACCUGCUUGAGAAUCCAAAUGUGAGGUUGAAACUGAGUGGUGAUUCUAUCCAAACUGCGAAGGCCAAGGGCCGACUGAAGAUUUCUAAUGGUGAGAAGAAGAAAGACUAUUGGGCAGCUAUUGCAAAGGACAUCUGUGUCAGGGACGCAUCCGGGGUAGAGGAGGCCCGGGAAGAGGCAGAGCGUGAAUUCUAUGUUGCAGCUCUGAACCAAUACACUACAGCUAUACAGGGUAGAAUAAGUUGGCUGGAAAGUCAGUACAAGAAAUAUAUCAAACUCCUCAGUGAAACUGGUCAGGGUGUGAAGUCUGAAGAGGAGUGUGAAGAAAUCCAUGCCAAUUUGCGAGAGGAUAUCCGAGCAAAAUUCCCUUGGUUUGAUGAUCUUGAUGGCAUGUGGCAUAAUUUACCAAAGCACUCAAUUGGAAUGAUAUCAAACUCUGCUGUUGGUAUGGCUGCAUUGGUCGCUGAGUUUGAGCAAGCGGCUCCGAGACUGACACAUGCAGUCGGUGCACAAGAAUCUCCUGAGGUAUUGGGUGUGGCCACUGUGGACACCAACACAAGGUCAAUCAUCAAGGUUAGCAAGACUAGUAUUCCUUGUUCUAUGCCGGCACUACUAAUUUGGCUACUAGGACCCACCCCCACUGCUGCUCGCGGUCUGGAUUCCCCUAUUUUUCUCACUAAUGAACUGUCAUCAGAACCCAAACUGGAACUUGUCCCACCAGAAUUCAAACUCGAGGUCAAACCAAAUGUCCUAAGCACAGCUCAGCUAGGGAGCCAUGGUUUGCCAACUCCAAUGACACCUACAUCCAAUUCUCCAACUCCGACCCCUACACUAGUUGGUUUGACUCACAAUGCUGGAGGAAUUAGCCGUAAUGGAAAGGGACGACGUGAUGUUCUUGCUGAUUUCAGUGAAGCAAAUCUCCGUGACCAAGAGCAGACCCGCCGAGAGGCGGACCAGUUUCACUUACAACGCAUGGCCCGCAUUGAUGCCCUCCAACGACAUGAAGAUCAGAAACAUGAGCGGAAGAUGCUGAAGUACAGCAUCCAAGCACAACAGAUGGGGUUGGCUCCACUUGUGCCCCCCUAUCUUGCUCAGCUGCCACCCUCUGGCACGCUGCAAGCCAACUUCACCAAUGAUGGGCUAGGCUCAGGAUCCUCCCAAACCACACACCCAUUCUAG